AGAAAUCCACCAUUUUUGCCGACCAGUGAUGCUCGGUUUCCGGUGAUGUGAGAUGCGAUCCAGCUCCUACACCUCUUCUGUUUGUUAACACCUUAUCACAACGCCAGAUAUGGACAGAAACAGAGAACCUAGACGAGUGGCCAUGGCCGUGAGCAACGGCUUGAACCGGCGGCGACAUAGGAGUAACAGCCUCAGAGACUCUCCAGAGGACGACGGACCUGUGGAGUUGCCAGAGACGAUGAGGCUGCGAGAUCGGGGGAUUGGUAAAAAGGAUCGAGAUCGGGACCAGGACAGAGAACGGGAGAGGGAGCGAGAUCGUGAACGGGACAGAGAGCGGGAUAGAGAUCGGAUGAGCAGCCGGAGCAAGCGCCGGCGAGGAGACCGGUUGAUGCACGGCAGCAUCAGAGAAGAUGCCGGCGAUGAAACGACGGAAGAGAGUGUAAACGACGAUGAGGAGGAGGACGACGAUGACGGAGGCGGAGGCGUGGGCGCCGCCAGCUCCCUGAGGAUGUUACCUCCGAAUCCAUCGUCACUCUCUUCUUCUUCUUUGUCAAAUCACCAUCACCAGCACCACCAUCGGAAGAGCUUUCCGCCUCCGGCUAAAGUUUUUAGG